CCGGCUCCCACGCUCCAUGAGCCGCUCGACCUGAGCCCCUCCGACCUCUUCCUAAAGCAACAGUUUGGGGUCUCUCACUCCCCGCACCCCAUUUUUUCCCCCUCAGGACCCUCCUAAGCUCAAAGCCAACGACUCCCCCCCAUGGAGAACAACCAACCAGGGCAACAAGACCCCCAAGAAGCCACCACCAGCAAUCCCACAGAGGAUCUGGGUCCCGAGGAUGGAUCUGAGCAGGAGAAGCCAGUGGGGGAAGGGGAGAAGGAGAAGGAGGAGGAGGAGGCUUUUCUGGUCAGUCUCUACAAGUUCAUGAAGGACCGACACACCCCCAUUGAGAGGAUCCCCCACCUCGGCUUCAAGCAGAUUAACCUCUGGAAGAUCUACAAAGCUGUGGAGAAGUUGGGAGCCUAUGAGCUGGUAAGUGGUGUCUGGAGGUGCUGGUGUCCCCUGGGUGCCAGGAUGUCCCUGGGUGUCAGGAUGUCUCCUGGGCAUUGGGGUGUCCGGAUGUCCUAUGCACAUCACAAUCUCCUGUGCACACUCGGCUGUCCCCUGGGUGUCAUGGCUGUCCCCUGGGUACUGGGCUGUCCCCUGAGCACCCGGUGUCACCUCUCCCUCCCCGUGCAGGUGACAGGGCGCCGGCUCUGGAAGAACGUGUACGACGAGCUCGGGGGGAGCCCCGGCAGCACCAGCGCUGCCACCUGCACCCGGCGCCACUAUGAGAGGCUGGUCCUUCCCUACGUGCGGCACCUCAAGGGGGAGGAGGACAAGCCGCUGCCCCCCAGCAAACCUCGCAAGCAGUACAAGGGCUCCAAGGAUGACAAGAGCAAGAGGGCCAGGAAGGAGAAGGGCAGGGAGCAGACGCCUCCGGACAAGGUGAAAACGGAGGUGGCAGCUGGCACCGAGGACACCCGGGACAUCCCAGAGCGGGGCCGGGUGGCCCAGGGAUCCAUCCCAGCAAUGCCACCCCACUGCUCCAGCUUGGCAAUCCCGACUCCCAGCCCCUCGGGGGGGCAUCCCAGCCCCUGCCAGACCCAUAGCGAGACCUACAAGUGCCUUUUCUCCAGCUUCUACUCCAAAGGGAACCACCCCAUCAUGUCCCCACUAGCCAAGAAGAAGCUGCUGGCCCAGGUGAGCGAGGCUGAGUCCCGGCGCUGCCACAAACGCCACUGCCUCGAGGGCCGGUGGGCACCAAGCGCUGCCACCACCAGCCACAACCCGCCCCGGCCGGCCCCUGAGAGGAGCCCGGAGCCCUCAGCUCAGGAUACAGUUCCGAGCAUCAGGAAUGAGGUGGGACCUUCCACCAGCGCAUCCCCCGGGGGCACAGACACCCAGGGGUGCCCCCGGGCCGAGAAUGGGGGUCCGGCACCUGCCGUGUUCACCGGCUACUUCCAUGCCUACCGCAGCGAGGGGCUCCCGCCCAGUGCCCCCCAUCCGCUCUGGGGGUACUUCUCCAACCUGAAGGAUUUUUUGGAGCCGCCUCCUGCCUUCCCAGAGCCAGAGCAGCCCCAGGACCUGCGGAGCAAAGUGUGGGAGAGCCAGGGGGCUGCCGUGCAGGCCUGGGUGCCCCCCGGACCCGGACCCGCUGCCAGGGCCAGGCAUGGCCAUGAGAAGGAGGAGGAGGAGGAUGACGAGGAGCCCUUUGGCCCCAAAUUCGGCGCCGUGUCCCCCUUCCCCAGGGAGGCCGAGGGCAGGGACAUGGGCUCCAGCCCCCUGGGGGGCCACCGCGGGCUGGCCAAGCCCAAGGCCGUGGUGGCCAGUCCCAGCUUUGCUGCACUGCACUUCCCGCCAAGCUUCGGGAGCCCUCUGGAGCACCUCAAAACUCAGGGUGUGCCUGUGGCCCCUGCGCUCUCUGCCAACCCCUUUGUCAUCCCGGCCUUUCCCAGCCCCUUGGUGGUGGGCUCCACGCAGCCCCCGGAGCUGUGCCGGCCACUGGGCACCGGCCCCAGGCACUACCCCAAUUCCUACAGGAAUUCCCUGCGCCACCGGUCCUACCCAUGGCACAGCCACCAUUCCUGUGGCUCCCAGCACGUGCCAGCCUUCCACCGCCACACCAAGCUGUAGGAAUUCCAUCCCAGCCAGCAGCAUUCCCUGUGGAGGAGGGAGAAGCCAGGAUGGCCCACCGGGAAGUGCCAGGGCCAUCACCGCUCCAGGGCUGAGAGGGGACAAUCGGGACCGAGUAAUUUUUACUCUUGAUCUUGAGCUGUUUGUAUCCAACCUUGUUAUGGUGGUGACUUAAUUACGUAUCACAUAGUUCUAUAUAUAUUUUAUAUACACACCUAUAAAAAGGGAGCAAAAUGA